CUAGGGGAAAGUGAAACAGAUCAUAUGUUUGACCGCUGGUCCUAACGUAUUUUUUUUUAAUGUUUGUUUUUUGAAAUUUAUGUCCUCUUCGAACAUAGAGAGAUGACAAGGAAAAAAAUAUGUUAAGGUUUCUGAAUGUUCCAUUUAAGCGGUAAUUGGGCAAAAUAUUUUAAAAGCAGGGCUCACUGCUAUGACUUUGUGUGCUUCCAGCUUCAUGUUCCUCUCUCUUUUCUGUGUAUCUACAGUAUAUCUUAAUUGACUCUGGCCCACCCUCCCGCCAUGCCCUUUCAGCUCUGCUCCAUGCACACACCCUUAUUUGCCAGUCACUCCUGUGAGCACACUGCAUGAGUAAUAUGAUUUGUGGUGAAGUAUAGGCUGGCAUUUAGAUACUAAUAAGGAUCUUGGGGGAGGGGAGGGAGAGAGGUCCAUCCCAGUGAAGUCGCCAUCCUGUGUGAAGUUUUUCCUGAUGGUCUCUGAUUGCUGUGGGCCUUAGGUCCUUAGCGCACACUGAGCUUUAUUUCAGCCUGACAGUGAUUCCAAGACCAGAUCUGAUGUGUUGGAAAGAGCCGGUAAGUUUUUAGAGAGAGUGGUGGACUUCCCCAAUAUUUGGCAUCCAUGAUGGAAUUUUACUGACAUGAUAGUUAUACUGGAGUCUUUGAAGUGUCUACAUAUGAAGUCUCACUCUUCUCAGCUGGGGGAAGUAGGGGCAGACGAUGGUCGUGAUGCCGUUUAAAUAUUUGUUUUCUCUUCCUCGUCACCUCAGUUGCUAUUUUCUCCCUGUAGGUUAUGGCCACACCGUGCCCUUGUCAGAUGGGGGUAAGGCCUUCUGCCUCCUGUACUCUGUCAUCGGCAUCCCUUUCACCCUCCUGUUCCUGACGGCGGUGGUCCAGCGCAUCACCAUCUACGUCACCCACAGGCCUGUCUUCUACUUCCACACCCGCUGGGGCUUCUCCAAGCACACCGUGUCCCUCGUGCACGCGAUUCUCCUCGGGUUUGUCACCGUGUCCUUGUUCUUCUUCAUCCCAGCAGCCGUAUUCUCCUCCCUGGAGAGUGACUGGAACUUCCUCGAAUCCUUUUAUUUUUGUUUUAUUUCCCUGAGCACCAUUGGCCUAGGGGAUUAUGUUCCUGAAGGCAACAAUCAAAAGUUCAGAGCAAUCUACAAGUUUGGAAUCACAUGUUACCUGAUACUUGGCCUGAUUGCUAUGCUGGUGGUUCUGGAAACCUUCUGUGAACUCCGCGAGCUGAAAAAAUUCAGAAAGCUGUUCUAUGUGAAGAAGUUCAAGGGCGAGGACCAAUUGCACAUUUUGGAGCAUGACCAGCUCUCCUUCUCUUCCAUCUCAGAACAAGCAGCUAGCCUGAAAGACGAUCAGAAACAGAAUGAGCCCUUUGUGGCUGCUCAGCUGUCCGCCCACUUGGAUGGCUCUGCAAACAACUAA